GGUGAAAGUGUUUCGAAUUUCGACAUGACGACAUUCGCGCGCAGUCGUUAUCGUGAUUUUGCCGAAUCUAGAGGUUCGGAGAGCGCGCAGACCCGCGACGAGACCGCGAUACGCGCCCGCGCAACUCAACUCAUGUGUUCACUCCGCAGGAAGUGCGCCGGACUCUGAAUGCUGAAGGUGUCGGUGUCAAGUGCUUGCGUAAAAAACUAUGCUGAGAGUUGGAGUGUCGAAGAAUUUUAGGAGACGAAAAUUAAAGUGAUCGGUGUUCCUGGAACAAGGUGGAACGUUCGUGUGAUGUGCGAAGUGCGGCUGUAGACAAGCUGUCGAGAGCCGACAAGCUGGGGCCCCACGAGGCGCACGACGCCUCCGCACAAGCUCUACAAGUGCAGAAUAUGACCUCCACAAUGGGAAUAAUGACACUCAGCCGCGGCCCGUGUGAGCUGGUGGACAACAUGAGUCUGUUCCAAGACCUCAAACUAAAGAGGCGGAAAGUUGACUCCAGAUGUAGUAGUGAUGGCGAGUCAGCCGCCGACACCAGCACGUCGUCGCCGGACCCGGGCCCGCCGUCGCCGCGCAUGGCGGAGGCGGGCUGCAGCACGCCGCCGCACCCGCCGCCCGUGUUCGACGGCGGCGGCUCUCCGUCGCCCUCGCCCAGCUCCUGCAGCCACCAGUCCGUCAUCCGCUCCGCUCCGCAAUACUCCGUCAUUAAGUUCGAGGGCACGCCGCCUUCUAUCAAGACGGAAGGCUUCCAACCUAACAAAUACCAAGAAACCAAUAUACCCUCCCCCAUUCAAGUCAAGGUGGAGAGCACCCCGCAGGAGCUCCCGCAAUCGUACAGACCCCGGUCUAUCGCUACUGCUCUACCGAACUCGCACACGAAUAUCGCGCCGAGCCCCUGGCCGGCUGCUGCCUGCCUUAAUGGUGUAAAACCAGAGCUAAUAGGCGGACAUUUCCCACCGCAACCGCACGACCCCAAAACUGGAGAGAGGCGAGGUGCGCCAUGGAGAGGCGCUCCAACGGUUAUAAUGGGCGAGUCGGGUGGUGUUCGGACGAUGUUCUGGUCUUUGCCCACGCCCUCUUCGAGCGGGGAGUCAUCAGCGAGUUCAUCUCACACGCCCACCCCACCUACUCCCGAGCCUGCCACGUGUAGUGAAGAGUCAGCUGCGCGUUUGCUGCUCAAUCUCGGUGGAGAGUUAAGGCGGCCACGAGGACCAGCGCUAAACAUGGAGUUGUUAUGGGCUGGGGAUAUGACCCAGCUGCCCGCUCAUCAGCAGAUGCAUGCAUUGAAUCUGAGCGCUGCGGCAGGCAGCUUGCCGGGCGGGUCGGCAGCAUCGGGCGCCAGCUCUCCUCUGGCUCUCCCUCGGCCAGAACUCCGGGCAUAUGCCCCUGAAGCUGAGCGCGAGGAGGAUGAACAACCCAUGAUUUGCAUGAUUUGUGAGGACAAAGCGACAGGACUGCAUUACGGCAUAAUUACGUGUGAAGGUUGCAAAGGUUUUUUCAAAAGGACUGUACAAAACCGACGCAUUUACACGUGUGUUGCGGAUGGUGGCUGUGAAAUUACAAAGGCACAACGUAAUAGAUGUCAAUAUUGCCGGUUUAAAAAGUGUAUUGAGCAGGGAAUGGUUUUACAAGCGGUACGCGAGGAUCGGAUGCCUGGUGGCCGAAAUAGUGGAGCUGUCUAUAAUUUGUACAAGGUGAAAUAUAAGAAGCACAAGAAAGCCCACAAAGCAUCGACGACAACGAGUCGAGCGUCGCCGCCGGAGAAGCCGAAAGAUCCCCUACCUCCACUCCCACCGCACCUGGUCAACGGGACCAUCCUUAAGACUGCAUUAACCAACCCUAGCGAGUAUCCUUUGCAGGUGGUUCAUUUAAGAGCACGCCUUGAAAGCGCCGUGUCAUCAUCUCGAGAUCGUGCUGUCCCUUUAGAGAGGGCAUUACACAUGAUCCGGACACUGAUAGAGUGUGAUGCCAUGGAGGACAUAGCCACAGUGAGGCAUUUACCAGACUUGCUCCAUGACACGUCAGAAAUUGGCGACAAGUUAUGCAAGAUCGGGGACUCCAUCGUACACAAAAUGGUAGCUUGGACGAAGAAGCUACCAUUUAUAAUGGAGAUUCCUAUGGAAGUCCACUCAAAGUUGUUAAUGGAGAAGUGGCAUGAGAUCUCAGUGCUGACCACGGCGGCGUACCAGGCGAUGCAUGGAAAGAACGCGCACGUGCCGCCGCCGGAUCAAGAAUACGACUUUAUGCAAGAGGUGAACGCAAACCUGCGGACGCUGCAGACGUGUCUGACGUCACUGAUGGGUCGGCCCAUCACGCUGGAGCAGCUGAAGCUAGACGUGGGGCUGGUGGUAGAAAAGAUGACCCAGAUCACCUGCGUCUUCCGCCGCAUUCAGCUCCGCAUGGAGGAGUAUGUUUGCCUCAAAGUCUACAUUCUGUUGAACCAAGAGGUCGAGCUGGAGGGCAUCCAGGACCGCUACGUGCAGGUGCUUCGGAGCUACCUCGAGCACGCGGCGCCGCACCACCCGGGUCGGCUCCAGGAACUCUUCGCCAGGAUACCUGAGAUCCAGGCCGCAGCGAGCCUGCUCCUGGAGAGCAAGAUGUUCUACGUACCUUUCGUCCUGAACUCGGCGGAGAUAAGAUAGUAUAUGGCCCAGCAGGGCGUCUAGUUCGCAAUGUACGAGCGACGGAGCCCCGCACCCCGCACACCACACGUGUUCACGCCAGUCCAGCACAAGAAAUCGUACAAAUGUUCCUAUGAGGCAGCCGACGACGUCGAGUUGACUAUCACGACUCUGUGGAAGAACGCGACGAUGCGCAUGACGCUCAACGCGGUCAAGAAAAGUUAGAGAGAGACCCAGGAUUUACAGCAGAUUUGGACCAUCGGCUUCUGAAUCUGCUUUCCUGCUGUUGGAUAUGGCAAUCGGAAUGAGACAAUUUAGUAUUGACAGGGUGGAGCUAGUAGGUUCUACAACCGGAAGUGUCAUGUCUAUGACACAGUGCCCCCUGAUUUGAAACGGAUUUGGAAAGAUUGAAGAAAGGACGCAGCUGUUCGUCUAGUCUACUUCGAGUGUUGAUGCAUGGAACUCUGUAGGUCCCCGUGACAGUAUGAGUGACGGGCACUAGUGCGAGCGAGUGCGGAUUUUAUACCUUUGUUGAGUCGAGUGUAUUGGUUUAUUGUUUAGUAGAAGAAUUAAAACGUCCCAAAUUCAGACUGAUAACAAUUAUUUAGAAAUAGUUCCAGGGACUUGAAUGCGUGUUUUAUACGUGGUAGUGUAUACUAGUUAGAUUUAAAUAGAAUAAAAUAUAUAGUUAUGUUACUAUUUAAAUUUGUCAGUCGGAGAAGCGCAUAAUAUAUUAUUAAAAACUAUUUCUGUAAAUAUAGAUUGUAGUAUACAAAAUAAACGUUGUUUUAGACAGAAUUGUUUCUUGUAAAUGAAAUAUGUUUUAGUUUGCAUUUUAUAUUUAGGAUUAACCAGUAGAUUAAAUGCUGGGUGUGUAAUUAUGAGAAUUUUAAUUUAAUUUUUAUAAUGACUUGUUCAUAAUAAUGUAAUUAGCACUAAGUCCUACUCUCAGUGUUUACCAAGACUGCUUGUAUACAACUACUGUUUUAUACACACUACUGAUUUAGCGUGGUCUCGCUCGGUUCUUUAGUCACAACUUUGCAUUUUUAUUGCCAAUACUUCAUACACUUCAUGUUGUUACGUGGCUGUGUAUCACUUCUCCAUGUUCUGGUCUGUAGUGUAAGUAACCGUAGACAUAAUGUGUGUUUUGGUUACCCAUACGUCCCCCUUUUUCUAGAGGUGGGCGAUUAUGACUACAUAUUUUUCAAGAUAAUUUUUAAGAUCUUAGAACAAUUUUUUCAUCGCACUGUAAAUUAUUAGGUUUAUCUGAAACCAAAAGUGCUUUUAUAAAUAAUAUUCCCGCUAUUAUUACCAAUUAUUAUGACUUUCUACGAAUCUACUAACAUCACAAACAGAAUCCAAAAUAAUGCUUAAGUGAAUUAUUUUUUAGUAUUUUUAUCUGAUCUUUUUGAUACUGCGAUAUAUCAAUAAAUUAAAAGAUUUUGAAAAAUAUUUAUCAUUUGAUCUCUUUACACAAUAAAGCUCAUGUUCGCCCAUCUCUACCAUCUCUACCGACGGAGGUUCUCUAGUGCGGGUGCUUCAAUUUAAUAUACUUACUUUGCUUCCUUUGAUGUGUUCAAACUUGUGCUCAAGAUGUCGUUAUUUUAUCGGUAAAAUACAUUAAAGAUCAUGCUACAUCAAACAUUUGAAACAUGUACAUUUUAACAUAACUUGGUAAUAAACUAACAUCACAUCAAAAAUUGUCACUGCAUGUUGCAAAAGUUUUUAAAAUAAGUGUCUGUUUCCGUCAACUAAACCAUAUUAUUAUCUCUAUCACGAAUCACCACAUGAAAAAAUAGUCCGCAACUAACAUACGUACACCUUUCUUAAAUAGUUUUGUAUCUUGAUACACGUUUUAAGAGUGUUAAAGCCAUUUGUACAAUAUUUCAUAUUCUAAGUCAUAAAUUCAAGCAAAUUAGCAUUCCUGUAAUUUGUAUACGCUCAUUAGCACCAUCGUGUUUCGCACAAUUUUCAUUUGUCGCAACCAUAACUAUGUCUGACUAACUAACCGUCAUUCUUUCCUUCAUUUAUCAUUUUCAUUAAUAUAAUCAUCAACAUCUAACUGUAUAUUUAUAAGUCAUCUUAAUAAACUUUUAAGAUAGAAAUUUUAAAAGCCUUACAGCAAUGUAGUGCGAAUCGGCUUUAGGAAAUGUUGAUCUUUAAUAUUUCUAAAGUGACACGACAAGUGACAGUGACAGUAAUCGUGAUGCUUUUGCAAAGUUAUUAUGGAACAUCAGAGGCUUCUUAUAUGUAUGUAUACAGACGACUGCACGUCAGUUUAUUACAACUAGGAUUAUGACCUCACAGUGCUAAACUACACGUUCCGUCGUCUCUGCAUUCCUAAAACGAAACAAAGUCAACUAUGAUCAAUAUUUUCUUUAGCGGAUUGCGCACUCCUGACAUAAUAUUAAGCGAUAAUAUGUAGACUUUCCGAUCUUAAUACUGUCAGUGAUCACUGCCUCGACUUUUUAAAGUUAUUUGCCGUUAUUGUUAUUAACACUUGUAUUAAUCGUUAAUUAUAAAUGAACAUAAUAAACGUUCCAUCAACGGUGAACAGUUACCACUAGUGUAGGGAGGCGAAGUAUGCCUUGUUAAAAUUAAGUAAUUACAACCAAAAAGUUCGUUUUAAGGACUUAGGUUCUAGUUAAUUAAACGGUGUAUGCCUUAGCAUUCGGAAACGAUGUCAACAUACAUCAUGAUAGAGAUAACCUGUGUGUUCGUUAGCAAACUUAAAUUUUAUUUAGUGAACAAUGAUUGUUCAAUUUAAAUCCUGUGUUUCUUCGCAUCCACGAUUUCUUUAAGUUAAAAUAAUUUCUGUAGGUACGUUGGGCACCCUCUGAUCUGCUCUUUUUAAGAAUAUUUCUUUGGACAAAAUAAACCAACACAAGUAUAUUGAUAGUUCAAGUCAGAGGCUAUUUAAACAUCUAAGUAGCAAAUCUAAAUAGGACAGUUGAUAUGUGACAACUCCCUGUACUCAUGAAACGGUGGUUAAGGGUUUUCUGAAGUACCUUACCGUCCUUGCAUAGGAUUUUAACAACUUUGAUAAAGGGGCUUGAUAAAUUAGAUAAUCCUGUUACGUCCGUUCCUCAUCGUGUUACCAUUAGUUAAGAGUUAGCGGUUAUGAAACAUGUUUUGUAAAUUGUAAUUAGUUUGGAUACAACCAGUUACGAUACUGCCAUCAAAUGCCUAAAUAGAUUUUCAAUUAAAUUUUGUUAUCUUUACGUAUAUUUAAUUUAAGUUAAUGUUGGUGAAAUUAUUAGUUAAUUGUGAUAGAAAAGUGUCGGUACGCGACACGCACCAAUCGGUCUCACCAUCGCGACGCGUCGCGACAAUUCGAUUACUAUAUUUAUUUAUUCAUUUUAUCUAACUUAAUUAUAAUUAAUUAGUUCAUAAAAACACCCUCAACACGGCGGUGUUAAAUCUAAAGUCUGAGGUAAAGAUGCCUUUAUAGAUUUUUAAACUUGUAAUGACGGGAUCGUAAAUAAAAUAACUAUAAUCGCGAAUCGUGCAUCGUUCUACUAAUGUAAAUGAUAAUGUAAGUAAUAUUGACACUUAUUUUGUUAGUAGCUUAGCGUUAAGGCAAAACUAACGGCAAUGUAUCAAAUGGGAGUUAGAUUAAGGAUGUUAUUGGCGUUGUACAAAGGAUAGUAUUGUUAGUAAAUAAACAAUGAAAUUGGCGCAUUACUGGCGAGUACCUAAUUAGAAUAGUACUUGGAAAGCCCACAGA